AUGGGUUCUACGGCAGCGCAGGUUAUUCGCCGGGCUCAAUUAUAUGUGCCUGGCUCAUCGAUGAGAUUUCUGGAAAAGUCGCGAGGCAUGAAAGCAGUUGACAGCGUAGCUUACGAUCUUGAAGACUCCGUGACACCCAGCAAGAAACCUGAAGGCCGAAGAAAUAUCCUUGAGAUCCUCAACCGAGACCGUGUGCCUGGUAUUCGAGAGCAGGCCGUCCGCAUCAACUCAGUCGGAUCUGGCUUCGCACUGGACGACCUGACUGAAAUCUUGAAAGGCAAGAACCUCGAUUGCCUUGUAGUACCUAAAGUCGAUGCCGCGAGCGAUCUACAUUUCGUGACAGACGUGAUACGACAAAAGCUACCAGAACGACAUGCAGAAGGCUCGACAAACCCGAUCAAGAUCGUGGCAUUGGUUGAGAGUGCACGAUCUGUCAUGGAUCUUGCCAGCAUAGUCAAAGCAUCGCCAUAUCUCUCUGGCCUCACGUUUGCCGCAGAGGACUUCGCACUCGACCUCAGCAUAACACGAACACCGGAUUUACAUGAAUUCAUGUAUGCUCGAUCAGCUAUUGUGACAGCGGCUCGAGCAGCGAACCUCCCAUCAACCCUGGAUCUAGUGAGCACGACUUUCCGUGGCGAAGAAGGCAAACAAUAUCUACAAAACGAGAGCGAGAACGGCAAACGAUUCGGAUUCAAUGGCAAGCAAUGUAUCCAUCCUGAUCAGGUUGCAACCGUGCAGGAAGUCUUCAGUCCCAGCCCAGAAGAGGCAGAGUGGGCUGUGCGAGUGGUACUCUGCGACAAGAAAGCCGAUGAACAGGGUCGGGGAGCAUGGACGUUAGAUGGGAAGAUGAUCGACGUGCCGGUUGUAGGCAAGGCUAAAGCGAUUGUGGCGAAAGCUGAGGUGUGUGGGAUCGAUGUUGGAGCGUUGCGGGAGAGGUUCAAGGACGAAGAGCCUCAAUAG